GCAACCUGCUUCUCAUUCACCGCAGCAGGCAUAUCUCUCGUAGACGCAAAUAAAUAGACGUUGAAGGAUGCUUUCCACCAUGUCUAGCGCCGCGGUGCGUGCCUCCCGGCCGGUGCUGGCCCGCAACAUGUCCGCGAUCACGGCUGUGAACGGGAGGUACAUCAUCGACUCGAGAGGGAACCCAACCGUCGAGGUGGACGUGUCGACGAAGGAGGGACUGUUCCGCGCGUCGGUCCCCUCGGGGGCCUCCACGGGGGUGCACGAGGCCGUGGAGCUCCGCGACGGGGGCAGCCUUUACAUGGGAAAGGGCGUGUCUAAGGCGGUCGAGAACGUCAACAAGACCAUCGGCCCCGCGCUGAUCGGCCUGGACGCCACGGACCAGGAGGGCAUCGACGCCAAGAUGAUCGAGCUGGACGGGACGCCCAACAAGGGCAACCUCGGGGCUAACGCCAUCCUUGGCGCGUCUCUGGCCGUGUCCAAGGCCGGGGCGGGCUCCAAGGCGGUGCCCCUGUACCAGCACUACGCCGACCUCGCGGGAAACUCCGACCUGGUGCUGCCGGUGCCCUCAUUCAACGUCAUCAACGGCGGGGAGCACGCCGGCAACAAGCUGGCGUUCCAGGAGUUCAUGAUCCUUCCCACGGGGGCGGAGACCUUCACUGAGGCCAUGUCCAUCGGAUGCGAGGUGUACCACGAGCUCAAGUCGGUCAUCAAGGGCAAGUACGGGCAGGACGCGUGCAACGUGGGAGACGAGGGGGGCUUCGCGCCCAACAUCCAGAGCAACCUCGAGGGGAUCGAGCUGCUGAUGGCGGCCAUCAAGAAGGCCGGCUACGAGGACAAGGUGGUGGUGGGCAUGGACGUGGCCUCCUCGGAGUUCCUGAUGCCCGACGGGCGCUACGACCUGGACUUCAAGAACAAGGGCGGCGACCAGCAGCUGACCGGCGAGGAGCUCGGGCAGCUGUACAAGGACCUGGCCGCCAAGUACCCGAUCGUGUCGAUCGAGGACCCCUUCGACCAGGACGACUGGGCCAACUACGCGCCCUUCACGGCGGCCGUGGGUGACGCCGUACAGGUGGUCGGAGACGACCUUCUCGUUACUAACCCGUCCCGAAUCACGGAGGCCGGAGAGAAGAAGGCGUGCAACGCGCUCUUGCUUAAGGUGAACCAAAUCGGGUCCGUGACGGAGUCCAUCAAGGCCGUCACGAUGUCCAAGCAGCUGGGCUGGGGGGUGAUGACCUCUCACCGGUCGGGGGAGACCGAGGACAACUACAUCGCCGACAUCGCCGUGGGGCUGUGCACGGGGCAGAUCAAGACGGGGGCCCCGUGCCGGUCGGAGCGCCUCGCCAAGUACAACCAGCUCCUGCGCAUUGAGGAGGAGCUCGGCAGCAAGGCAGUGUACGCGGGACAGAACUUCCGGACCCCGUCGUGGAUGGGUUGA